AUGGCCGGAGCUGGUCGAGAUCGAGAUCUUGACAAGCAUGCUACAUCACCUACACUUGCAGAUGAAUUUGAUAUUGCUGAAGAUAUAGAAGAAAGUGACAACGAAGUUGAUGAUGGAAGUGGUGCAAGAGGUUGUGGUGAUGAUGAUGAUGAUGAUGAUGAUGAUGAUGAUGAUGAUGAUGAUGAUGAUGAUGGUGGUGGUAGUGGUGGUGGUGAUGAUGAUAAUGAUGAUGAUGGUGGUAGUGGUGGUGACGAUGAUGAGAUUAAUGAAGAUGACAAUGUUGACAUUAUGGGAGAUGAUUCAACUAGAUGGCGCAUUAGUGAUCUAAUUUAG